AUGGCGUCCAAUGCCCAGGGCCGACAGGUCCUCCCGGACAACGUCAAGCCCGUCCACUACACCCUGACUGUCGAGCCCGACUUCUCUACCUUCACCUACCUCGGUACCGUCGAGAUCGAGCUUGAUGUCAAGCAAGACUCGAACUCCAUCUCCCUCAACGUCAACGAUAUCGAGAUUCACGAGACAACCCUCCAAGUCGACGGAACACCCGUGUCCUCCGCGCCCUCGCUCAGCCACAAUGCCGAAACCCAGACCACCACGAUCGACCUCACCGGUGGCGCCCAGCUCAAGGCAGGCCAGAAGGCUUUGCUCAAGCACCGCUUCACAGGCAAUCUGAACGACAAGAUGGCUGGCUUCUACCGUUCGUCGUGGUCCAAGGACGGCCAGGAGCACUUCAUUGCGUCGACUCAAUUCGAGGCCACCGAUGCCAGAAGAGCCUUCCCUUGCUUCGACGAGCCUGCCCUCAAGGCUACCUUCACCGUCACCCUGAUUGCCGACAAGGAGAAGACAUGCUUGGGCAAUAUGGAUGUGGCCAGCGAGGUCGAGGUCGACUCCACCAUCACUCCAGGCACCAAGCGCAAGGCCGUCACCUUCAACAAAUCCCCGAUCAUGUCGACCUACCUCGUUGCUUUCAUCGUCGGUGAUCUGGAAUACUACGAGACGAACAAGUUCCGACUGCCCAUUCGUACAUACUGCACUCCCGACCAGGACAUCUCCCAUGGUGUCUAUGCCGCCGAGCUGGCCGCCAAGACCCUCGAGUUCUACGAAAAGGAAUUCGGCAUUCCCUACCCUUUGCCCAAGUUGGACAUGGUUGCUGUUCCCGACUUCAGCGCGGGUGCCAUGGAGAAUUGGGGGCUUGUCACCUACCGAGUCGUUGCUGUCCUGCUUGAUGAGAAAACCAGCAGCUCGGGGACAAGAUAUCGUCUUGCUGAGACCGUCCAACACGAGCUGGCCCACCAAUGGUUUGGCAACCUCGUCACAAUGGAUUUCUGGGAAGGUCUGUGGCUCAAUGAGGGCUUUGCCACCUGGAUGUCGUGGUAUUCAUGCAACGCCUUCUACCCUGAGUGGAAGGUGUGGGAUGGCUAUGUUUCCGACAGCUGGGCUUCUGCCCUCGCCCUAGACUCUCUCCGAAGCUCACAUCCCAUCGAGGUCCCUGUCAAGGUGGCCGACGAGAUCAACCAGAUCUUCGAUGAUAUUUCUUACGCCAAGGGAUCUGCUGUCAUCCGCAUGAUUUCCAAGUGGCUUGGCGAGGACGUUUUCAUGGAGGGAAUCCGAAACUACCUCAAGAAGCACGCCUAUGGAAACACCACGACCAACGACUUGUGGGCCGCGCUUAGUGCUGCCAGCGGCAAGGACGUCGAGAAUGUCGGCACCAUUUGGACCAAGAAGAUUGGCUUUCCCGUUUUGACUGUCACUGAGGAUGCCGCCUCAAACACAAUCCAUGUCAAGCAAAAUCGAUUCCUCAGAACGGCAGAUGUCAAGCCCGAGGAAGACGAGGUGCUGUACCCCAUCUUCCUGGGCCUGCGAACCAAAGACGGUGUGAACCACGAUUUGGCUCUCAACACACGGGAGGCUUCCUUCAAGCUCGACGAUCUCGAUUUCUUUAAGCUUAACUCGGAGCACUCGGGCAUUUACCGCACACUCUACACACCUGAGCGACUGAAGAAGCUGGGCCAGGCCGCCAAAAACGGUCUCUUGCCUGUGUCCGAUCGCUCAGGCAUGGUUGCCGAUGCCGGCGCGCUCACCCAGGCUGGAUAUCAAAAGACAUCCGGCCUUCUCAACCUUCUGCAGUCGCUUGACUCGGAGCCCGAGUUCCAAGUCUGGGGCGAAAUCAUCGGUCGCAUCGGUACUCUGCAGACGGCUUGGUUAUUUGAGGGCGAUGCCAUUUACAAUGCUAUCAAGUCUUUCCUCCGAGCCCUUGUGAGCAAGCGAGCCAACGAGCUCGGCUGGACUUUUACCGGAAAAGAGGGACACAUUGAGCAGCAAUUCAAGACGCUCAUGUUCGGGGCAGCAUGUGGCUCAGACGACAAGAAAGCCACCGCCGCGGCCCAGGAGAUGUUUUCCAAGUUCAAAGGCGGCGACCGCGAGGCCAUCAACCCCAACCUCCGCCGGAUCGUCUUUGCUACCGCUAUCCGGCUGGGUGGUGUUGAGGAGUAUGAGGCCGUGCUCAAGGAGUAUCAGACAGCCAAAACAGGCAGCGAGCGUAUUGCCGCUCUUAGCAGCUUGGGCGCCGCCGACGACCCUGCGCUCGUUCAAAGGACACUCGACUACGCCCUCAGCAAGGAGGUCAAGAACCAGGACAUGUACCUCAUUCUGGGAGGACUUCGCCGCAAGCCCGCACAGAUCAACACCCUGUGGGCCUGGAUCAAGGAACACUGGGAGCAGCUGCGAGAGUUGUUCCCCACCUCGAUCGGCAUGAUUGGAACGAUCCUUCACAUCGGUACAACUUCGUUCACCAAGGAGGAGCAGAGGAAGGAUGUCGAAGCGUUCUUCCAAAAGCACACUACGAAGGGUAUCGAUAUGGAUCUGGCUCAGGCCCUCGAUGCCAUCAAGGUCAAGCAGGGAUGGCUAGAACGUGAUUCCGCGGACGUCGAGAACUGGCUGAAGCAGAACGGCUACCUGGCUUGA